UUUAGGGCCCCAAUGGAUUGUCUCCACCUGCACUUUACAGAACUCCUAGAAUCAUUUUCCAUUUCAUGCUUUUUUUUUUCCUGACUGCUAAAGAAAAAUUUCCUCUGCCAUUCCAAACUCUUUACCAAUCCUUGAAGCCCCGAUAAGAAGCCCAACACCUACUCUCUCUCAGAAAAUAUAUUGCUGCAAAUUUGUAGAAUAAAGAAAAAAGGAAGAAGAAGUCGAAGAAAGGUUACAGACUUUGAUCUCAUUCGGAGUGCAUAAUGGUGUUGGAAACAGGGUCUUCCUCUAAUGCCUUAAUAGCUCCUCCGCCGCCCAGAGAAGACACACCGCUUUUGGGCGGGCCACAAGCUUUGUCCUCACAAUCCAAGACCUUUGCCAAUGUUUUCAUUGCUAUUGUGGGUGCCGGCGUUUUAGGCCUCCCCUACGCCUUCAAGCGCACCGGUUGGGUCAUGAGUCUCCUUACGCUCUUCGCCGUAGCCGUUCUCACUCACCACUGCAUGAUGCUUCUGGUCUAUACUCGCCGCAAGCUUGAAUCCCUACAAGGGUUCUCCAAGAUUGCAUCUUUUGGUGAUUUGGGUUUCACGGUUUGUGGCCCAAUUGGCAGAUUCUUUGUUGACAUUCUGAUUAUCUUAUCCCAGACUGGUUUCUGCGUCGGUUAUCUAAUUUUCAUCGGGAAUACUUUAGCCGAUCUUAUCAAUUUGAGCCCUGGAAUUCUCGGAUUGGCUCCCAAGAGCUUUUACAUAUGGGGAUGUUUGCCGUUUCAGCUGGGGUUGAAUUCGAUUGCAACCUUGACCCAUUUAGCCCCUUUGAGUAUUUUUGCUGAUGUGGUUGAUCUUGGGGCUAUGGGGGUGGUGAUGGUUGAGGACGUGUUUGUUUUUCUGAAACAAAGGCCUGCUCUCAAGGCUUUUGGGGGUCUUUCUGUGUUCUUUUAUGGUAUGGGGGUGGCCGUUUAUUCCUUUGAAGGUAUUGGGAUGGUUUUGCCAUUAGAAUCAGAGAUGAAAGAUAAGGACAAGUUUGGAAGAGUUUUGGCCUUGACAAUGGCUUUCAUCUCGUUAAUGUAUGGGGCAUUUGGAGCGUUGGGUUACUUCGCUUUUGGUGAAGAAACAAAGGACAUGAUCACGGCUAACUUGGGGGCAGGCUUGGUGAGCACUCUGGUUAAACUUGGUCUGUGUGUGAAUUUGUUCUUUACCUUGCCUAUAAUGAUGAACCCUGUUUAUGAGAUAGUGGAGAGGCGAUUCUGGGGUGGUAGCUACUGCCUUUGGCUGAGAUGGUUGCUGGUUUUCUUGGUGAGUUUGGUGGCUUUGUUAGUCCCAAAUUUUGCUGACUUCUUGUCUUUGGUGGGGAGCGGCGUAUGCUGUGCUUUGGCCUUUGCUUUGCCUGCCUUGUUUCACCUGCUGGUGUUCAAGGAGGACAUGGGUUGGAAAGGAUGGUCUUUUGAUGUGGGGAUUUUGGUGUUAGGAAUUGUUCUUGGGGUUUCAGGAACAUGGUAUGCUCUGGAGGCAAUUCUCUCCACAAAAAUGUAAUGUCAAAUGAGUACCAACUGGGCAGUUUAGACUGGAUUUUGAUCUGUCUUACCAUGUUAGUCACAAAAAUAAGAGGUAAGAUAUUGCAAUAUGAAAGCAAUUGGGAAUUGCGUUCCAGUGGUGUUUUAUUACAAUUACCACUAUGGAGAAGUUUACAUUGGUUUUAUAAAUAGCAUCUGAUGGGAUAGGAAAGCAAAUCUUUUCUUUUUCAUUUGGUUUUUUAUCUGUAGUAACGAUCUGAAGAAUGUACUUUGUUACAAGCAUACUUUACUUCAGUUGA